AUGCCCGCCCCAACAGCGCUCAAGGCGCCCACGGACGCCGACGCCGCCAUGCCCGUCCAAGUCCCCGACGUCGCCCUCCCCGCUCCCACCGAGGACGAGGACCUGCUGCUCGACAGCACGGCCAUGAACACGCUGUCGGCCGACGCCAUCGCGCCGCCCGCCGCGCCCGCCGCCGACGGCAUGGAGAUCGACGAGGAGUCGCGGCCGCAGUUCGCGCCGCAGAAGGACGCGGCGGCGGCGCACCGGGUCGAGACGCGCAAGGUGCCCAUCCCGCCGCACCGCAUGUCGCCGCUCAAGGCCAGCUGGCCCAAGAUCUACCCGCCGCUGGUCGAGCACCUCAAGCUGCAGUGCCGCAUGAACGUCAAGACCAAGUCGGUCGAGCUGCGCACCUCGCGCCACACCUCGGACACGGGCGCCCUGCAGAAGGGCGAGGACUUUGUCCGCGCCUUCACCCUCGGCUUCGACGUCGAGGACGCCAUCGCCCUGCUGCGCCUCGACGAUCUGUAUAUCGAGACCUUUGAGAUCAAGGACGUCAAGACGCUGAACGGGGACCACUUGGCUCGUGCUAUUGGCCGUAUAGCGGGCAAGGACGGAAAGACCAAGUUUGCUAUUGAAAACGCGAGCCGGACGAGAGUCGUGCUGGCAGACAGCAAGAUCCACAUUCUCGGAGGCUUCAAGAACAUUCAAAUUGCACGAGAGAGCAUAGUGUCCUUGAUCCUGGGUAAGCAGCCGGGCAAGGUCUACAACGGAUUACGGACCGUUGCUUCGAGGAUGAAGGAGAGAUUCUAG